AUGUCUCACUGCCAUGAUGAACACUCCGGCCAUGGCCACGACCACCAUGAGCAUGACCACUCAGACGACAUCACUCCAGCCGUACAAUUCUCGCUCUACAGUCAAAUCAACUUUGAUCACAUCGUGACUCUGAACGAAGCCCCUCGCGACGUUGGACAGCAAAUCGUCAAGAAAACCUGGCAGGAAAGACUGAGCACUGAGCCUGAGCUGGCGAGCGAUGUUGAUGAGCAGCUUCUCAUGACAGUGCCAUUUACUGCUCAGAUCAAGCUUCACUCUAUUCUUAUCCGUACAUCCAACUCCGCCUCGGCGCCCAAAACUCUGCAUCUAUUCAUCAACCGUGAUGACCUCGACUUUGCCGCUGCUGAGGAGUCAGACCCCGUGCAAACCCUCGAGCUCUCUCAAACAAGCGAUCUCCAAGAGAUUCCUGUUAAGCGGGCACUGUUCGGCAAAGUGCAGCAGCUGGUUCUUUUCUUUGCUGACAACUUUGGAGAUGGCGACGAGGAUGUAACUCGCAUUUCUUACAUUGGCUUCAAGGGCGAGUGGACACAGCUCGGAAGAGCGCCUGCCAAUAUUAUCUACGAAGCCGCUGCUAACCCAGGAGACCAUAAACUCAAGGGCACGAGUGUGAAUCAGAUGGGCAGCGGAAUUGGAGGCAGAGGACCUGGAGCGUAG